AUGCAGCCAUUCUUCUCGGCGAUGGGAUGUGCAACUGCAAUCAUCUUCACAUGUUUCGGAGCAAGCUAUGGCACAGCCAAAUCUGGCAUUGGCAUCAUGUCAGCGGGCAUCUAUCGGCCAGAUCAAUUGAUCAAGUACUGCAUGCCCACCGUCAUGGCAGGUAUUAUAGCCAUCUACGGACUUGUCAUCUCAAUGAUGAUCAGUACAACCCUUUCGUCCACUCGUGCCACACCCCUCGCAGCAUCAAUGACACACCUUGGCGCCGGACUGGCCACAGGUCUCUCAGGUCUAUCGGCAGGAUUCGCAAUCGGCAUUGUCGGCGAUGCAGGCGUACGCGCCAGUGCUCAGCAACCUAGACUAUAUGUCGGCAUGAUCCUGAUAAUGAUCUUCGGCGAAGUUCUGGGUUUGUACGGCAUGAUAGUCGGAUUGCUGAUGAUCAGUAAAGUGGAGGUUGAAAAUGUUUGCUGA